UGCCAGCAAAGAGAUCAAAUCACUAAAGCAUCGAAUCAUGGAUAUCUCUCGCGAACGAGAUACUUAUGGUAUUAGAGAUAUCAAUAAUGCAGGAGAAGGGUCAAGUAAUCUCCCAAACAAUCAGCAUGACUUGGUUAGAACAUUGAGGAGAACUACCUCAUAUGUAGAUGAGGAUCACAUUUUUGUUGGCUUUCAGGAUGUUGUACAAACAUUGCUAGCUGUACUUCUCAAACCAGAGCCUCACAGAAGUGUCAUCUCCAUUUAUGGUAUGGGCGGAUCAGGCACGACAACUCUUGCGAGAAACCUAUACAUCAGUUCUACUAUAAUCUCUAGCUUCCCUACACGUGCUUGGAUAUGUGUUUCUCAAGAGUACAACACCAUGGAUCUCCUUAGGAAUAUCAUAAAAUCCAUCCAAGGUUGCACCAAGGAAACUCUAGAUUUGUUGGAAAAGAUGACAGAGAUCGAUCUAGAAAUUUACCUUCGUGAUCUUUUAAAAGAACCCAAAUACCUUGUGGUGGUCGAUGAUUUAUGGCAUAGAGAAGCAUGGGAAAGUUUGAAACGGGCAUUUCCAGAUAGCAAGAAGGCAGCAGAGUUAUUAUUACUACACGCAAAGAGGAUGUCGCUGAAAGAGCAGAUAACAAAGGUUUUGUCUAUAGACUUCGCUUCCUGAGCCAAGAAGAAAGUUGGGAUCUCUUUUGUAGGAAACUACUUGAUGUUCGGGCAAUGGUCUCAGCAAUGGAAAGGCUAGCAAAGGAAAUGGUGGACAAGUGUGGAGGUUUACCUCUUGCAGUUGUUGUAUUAAGAGGACUAAUUUCACAUAAAAGGGGGCUAGAAGAAUGGGAAAAGGUGAAGUACCACCUUUGGCAAAACAUUGAAGACGACUCUAUUGAAGUCUCCUGCAUACUAUCAUUGAGCUACAACGAUUUGCCAACUGUGCUCAAGCAGUGUUUCCUGUACUUGAUAUUUUUCCAGAAGAUCAUGUGGUCCAUGUUGAUCACAUAUUAUGGUUGUGGAUGGCUGAAGGGUUUGUAUCAAUAGGAAAAGAAAUGAUGGAGGAUGUUGCUGAAGGCUUCUUGAAUGAGUUGAUAAGAUGAAGCUUGAUACAAGUGGUACACACAUUUUGCGAAAAAGUUGGUAAAUGUAGGAUUCAUGAUCUGCUUCGCGAUCUUGCUGUGCAAAAGCAUUGGAGGUAAAACUUUUUUGACAUUUAUGAUCCAAUAAAGCACUCCAUAUCCUCCUAGUGUCUUAGACAUGCCAUUCAUAGUCAAGGAAAAAGGUAUCUCACACUUGAUCUUUCUAACUUGAAGUUGAGCUCACUUAUGUUCCUUGAUCCGGAUUUUUUAAAUAUGGCUCCUAUAAAGUUCUGUUAUGUGUUCCAACAUCUAUAUGUGUUGUACUUGGAGAUGCAUGUUGACAAUAUGUCUAUAGUACCUAAAGCCAUAGGAAGUUUGUACCACCUCAAGUUCUUAAAAUUGAGAGGUAUCCAUGAUCUUCCCUCUUCCAUUGGCAACCUCAAGAAUUUACAGACACUUCUUGUCAAUGACUAUGGAUACUUUUGCCAACUACCCCGCGAGACAACUGACCUGAUAAAUCUAAGACAUUUAGUUGCUUCGUAUUCAAAACCUCUGAAACGUAUAAACAAACUCACUAGUCUUCAAGUUCUUAAAGGCAUCCAUUGUGAUCAGUGGAAAGAUGUUGACGCUGUUGAUUUAGUCAAUCUUCGAGAAUUAAGCAUGCAUGAUAUUACCAAAUCUUACUCACUAAACAACAUUACCAAUCCACAGCGACCACUCCUAUAUAACUUUGUUGAUUUCUCUUUUUCUUCUUUUUCUAUAAAUAGUGUGUUAAUAUUAGGGAGAAGAAGCUGUCAUUUGAAGACAUUCACGUUGAUGUGGGCUGUCGAAGCAUGAAUCAAGUUUCUGUCACUUAACUGAUUAUUUCAGCAUUCAAUUUUUUUUAUUUUUUUGGGUUUGAUUUUUCAAUGUAUAAUUUAUUUUUGGUUUUGGUUUUAUUUAAUGUGUAUUGGAAGAGAACUGUUCUUUUGGGAUUCUAUGCAUAAACAAUGUUAAUAUGUUAAUUAAUUGUUCUACGCUAUGUUAUCUUGCUUAUCCACAUUUAAGAUAAUGCUUUAUGUAAUAGGUUACUGUAGAAUCUGAUUAUCUCCCCAGAGAACUAACUUGAUAAACUUAAACACUAUUAAUAGCUCAAUAUGGAGAAACUCUACAAGUUGGAAAACAUCGUGGGUAACUACCACUUCCAAUGAACACCCUAAAGAGCAUAACUGUCUAAAUGAUUUCGAUAGGCAAUCCUUUAAGCUAACCAGAAGGCUCCCUCUUUGAUCCCUCUUCCGUCUACUUAAAUGCUGCAUCACAUUCAUUUCAUGCUAGUAAUUAACAUCAAGAUUGCAUCAUGGCAGAAACAACACCAAAUUCCACAACAGAAUAACAAAACAGAAAGAUAAUGACACAUAUCAAUUUUUCACAAGAGGCAGUUGACAAAGUUAAUGUCUCUUAGAUCCUGAAUACCAAAAGGAGUUUUGAAGCUGCAUUGAAGUGUUUUCUAGUGUUUUGCUCUCUUUUUCUUAUAUCUUGUUUUUGUUUCUUUGAGAUGAGAAAAGAAAUUAAAAUCCAUAGAACGUAGAUGCUCAUGGUUUGUUAUAAAACUUCCAAAUCAUGUCUUUUGUGAAGGAAAAAAAAUGUCACAGUUCAAGUCCAGCAAUUCCCGGCAAAUUACUCAAUUCGUCAAACAGCCAUGAAAACUAAAAACUAUUUCACUGAUUCGCUGUAUCAUUUUCAUGUUUCAUUUUCUGUUCCUGUGUCCUUUUUUCUCAACCUAUGAAUACUUGUAUGUCUAAUAAUGUGUGUGAUACUUGUAAGACCACUGCUAUAUAUGAUAUUCAAUGUUAUACAGAUGCAUCCCCCAUCCAGUAGACACAGGAAAAGAUGGAGUGUUUAGUUGCUAGUU